ACAUAAUUUGUCAGAUUAUUCAAAUAUUUCCGAAUUUCAGCAUCCAUCAAAUAGAUUAAUUGAUGAGUGGAAAGUUUAUUGUGAAAUGGAUGAAACUUUUGAUAUUAAUAACGAAUUUAGUUUG